AUGAAAUGCGCGAGUGUUAUUGGCGUAGAAGCUUAUGACCAAGAUAAGGACAUUUCGUCAUUAUCUUUUUCCGCCGCCAUUUUUCAUCUUUUUUUCUACUUUCCUUCUUUAGCUUACUGCUUUCAGAUGUUGUUUUUCUUCAUUUCUUCUUCUUCUUCUUCCAAUUGUUCUUCAAAUAUCUGUUUCUUCUAUAUUUGUGCUUAUUCUUUUAACAGCCUUUUCCUUUCUUAUUUAUAUUCCUUUUCCUUCACAGAUUCCUUUUCCUUCACAGAUUCCUUUUCCUUCACAGAUUCCUUUUCCUUCACAGAUUCCUUUUCCUUCACUUCUUCACAGAUUCCUUUUCCUUCACUUCUUCACAGAUUCCUUUUCCUUUCACAGAUUCCUUUUCCUUCACUUCUUCCUUUUCCUUCACAGCUUCCGUUUCUUUCUUUUUCAUAUUUUCCUUUUCUUCCUUUCUUAUAUUUUCCGUUUCGUCACUCUUUCCGUUUCAUAUUUUCAAUUCCCUUUUUAUUUCACUAUUCUUUUAUUUUUUUCAAAUUUCUACUUCUUCUAUCUUUGCUUCCUUUUUGA